GCGCUGCGGGUACGCGGGCCCGGGCUCCGGCGCGUUCCAAUCCGCGAGCCUGCCGGCUCGGGCCUCGCCGACGCGCGCCAAUUUCCGCAUCCGGCUCCUGGCGCUUCCGGUCUUAGCGGGGCCCAUCUGGGAGGGUAUACUACAAACCUCCAGAUGUUGGCCUAUGGGAUUCAGCAGAGGAUGAGUUGUCCAUCCUCUCAUUGGUAAGCUGUUUUUCCCAACUGUUCUCACACCAUCCACCGUCAUCAUGUCUACCUUACUCCUCAAUCUGGAUUUUGGCGAACCUCCCCCCAGAAAGGCAUUAGAAGGGAAUGCCAAGCACCAAAAAUUUGUCAAGAAGCGGCGGCUCUUGGAACGGAAAGGCUUUCUGAAUAAGAAGCAGCAGCCCCCUAACAAGGUCCCUAAGUUGCACUCAGAACCUUCAAAGAAAGGGGACACUCGCAAGGUGGAUGGCACUUGGAAGGCCCCUCCCCUUCCAAAAAAGAAAACUGCUGCUUCCAGCAGUGGGUCAGAGCAGUCCCUGGACAAGAAAGCUGCAGUGCCUUGGCUGACCCCUGCUCCUUCACAGAAAGCUGGUUCUGUUGUGGCUAAAGUAGAUUUGCUGGGGGAGUUCCAGAGUGCCCUACCAAAGAUUAAGAGCCUCCCAAUUCGCCCCCAGAAGAAGGGCUCCCAGAAGAACCCUCCUCAGAAGACUGCCCCACAGAUCUCCAUCCAAGCUCAUUCAGAGAAUAAAUACCCUGGAGCAUCCCAGAAGAUGCCAACGAAGAUGGUGGCAAUUGACUGUGAGAUGGUGGGCACAGGACCCAAGGGGCAUGUCAGUUCCUUGGCUCGAUGCAGCAUUGUCAGCUAUAGCGGAGAUGUGCUUUAUGAUGAGUAUAUCCUUCCCCCCUGCCACAUUGUGGACUACCGGACCAGAUGGAGCGGUAUCCGGAAGCAGCACAUGGUGAAUGCUACUCCCUUCAAGAUUGCUCGGAGCCAGAUCUUGAAGAUUAUCACAGGGAAGAUAGUGGUGGGGCAUGCCAUCCACAACGACUUCAAAGCCCUUCAGUAUUUUCACCCUAAGUCCCUCACCCGAGACACCUCCCAUAUCCCCCUCCUCAACCGUAAGGCCGACUGCCCAGAGAAUGCAACCAUGUCUCUGAAGCAUCUCACCAAGAAGCUGCUGAGCCGGGACAUCCAGGUUGGGAAAAGCGGACAUUCCUCUGUGGAAGAUGCUCAGGCCACCAUGGAGCUGUACAAGUUGGUUGAAGUUGAGUGGGAACAGCACCUGGCCAAGAAUCCCCCAAAAGACUAGUGCCAGUGGGGACACUGGUGAUGUGGGGAGGCAGAGGCAGCACCACACCCGGGAGAACAGGGCAGUGGACCAGUGCACAGCUCUACCAGCUCUACACCUUUGGAAACUAGAGUUGUUGGGGAGAGUGAGGCUCCACCCCAGACUUAAUAGCCAUUAAAAUUCCACCUCAGGUGUUGUUAAGUGUUCCAUGGAAGGAGGAAGGCUCCAUGUCAGAACCCAGCCCUAUAGGCUGUUUACCUCUUAAAUGGUGCUAACCAUGGGUCCCAGGGUGCUUUGCUCCUGGGAAAAAGCCUUUUGACUUUCAAGGGGCAGGGCAUACUGGGAAGUGUAGUUUCCCAAACUGCCUUAUCACUAGGGUGACCAUGUGUCUCAUUUUAUGCCUUUUGUUCUCAAGUAAUUAGCAGCACCGUGUUGAACUUCCCAAAAGUAUCCUGUUGGAUGAUAACUUGUAUGAUCACAGUUCAUCUCUCAGACUUCUUUUGGCUCAGAGUCUACAUCCAGUCUGUGUCGGGAUAUCACCUGUUCUUUCCACCUUGACUUCCAGAGGAGCCAUCCCUGGUGAGGUUUAGUUCUUAGGGUUACAGGGCAGUAGAGGUAAGAGAGUGUGACUUGGAAAUCAAUUUUUCUGAUUUAGGAAAGCAGCCUCUUUCCUAAAGUGAUAGAGGAUUUAUUUAAUUUAGACCCCACUUGGUAGGUUAAAGAAGAAUUUAAAGUGUUUUAAUGGUUUUUAGUCUUUUACUUUGCUAAACCAAGCCUCUUAAAACUCAAAUUAUUCCCUUGAUAAAUUUUUAUAAAGGAAAAACAAUUGUGUGAUGUUUUCUUUAUAACUUCACAUUAAAUAGCUUUGUCACAGGA